AUGCAUCCACUGAAAUUUACAGUGGCAUUUUUAGGCGCUUUAUCAUUGACUACGUCAAGUCCGAUUAGUCAGUUGAACAAUCCGGAACAAGAGAGACAGAUACGUGAUUUACUCUCCACAAAACCAGUUUAUAAAGAUCUACCGCCGCUAAAAGCAUUUCCGUCGGAUUCAGAAAGAACCAUUAAAGCAGGAGAGAUACCCAAAUACGUUAUUGAAUAUGCCCCCCUGGUCUUUCUUUAUUCAGAGGAGCGAUAUAUGCCAUAUAACAUUGAGAAAUACGUUCAGAAUUUCAAGCCAACUUGGAGGAACGGUACAACCAUCAACAUUGAUGGCAAAGAUCCGGAAGAUCCGGAUUACAAAACGCAGAAGUUGCAUUUGAGGGACUUAGAGAAAUUACCAAAUUCAACGCCAGAUGAAAUGGUAUUCUUAACAUCGCUGCAAGAUUUUGAUAAAGAUCCUGAGUUUAUUACAGGAAAACAUAAUAUCCCCAAUUACUACACUGGGGAGAUCAAAGAUGCACCUGCAGUGUUAAUUGUGACAGAUAAAGGCAACGGCUGGGUUGACGCAUAUUGGUUUUAUUUUUAUUCCUUCAAUUUGGGUCCGUUCGUGAUGGGAUUUGGUCCGUUCGGUGACCAUGUAGGUGACUGGGAGCAUAGCCUCGUAAGGUUUUACAAAGGUGAACCCGUUGUUGUAUGGAUGUCAGCUCACGGUGGAGGUGGGGCCUAUUUUUAUAAGCAUAUGGAAAAGGAAUCACUGGAAAAAACUGGUGUUGGGUUUAGCAAUGGGAAACAACCAGUUAUUUUUUCUGCCCGUGGUACACAUGCCAAUUAUCCAAGCACUGGUCAGCAUGGCCAUGAUUUACCUUAUGCAAUAUUGAGUGAUUUUACAGAUCGUGGAGGAUUGUGGAAUCCUGCAUUGAAUUAUCUUGCCUAUACACACACGCCUGAAGACGGAAUCGAGCUAAAGGUAAUACAGGCUAAUGGGUCUCAUCCAUUUAGAGAACAAGAGUACGGUGACUGGCUCUAUUAUGAUGGUGCAUGGGGGGACCCGAAGCUUGACCCCGCUGAUGAACGGCAACAUUGGUCACCGUUUGAGUGGAAAUAUAUUGAUGGUCCAACUGGCCCCUUGACAAAGAACCUCGUUCGUUUAAGCCCUUGCCAACGUGCAAAAUGGUGGAAUUUCUGGAGUGGUUGCAACGUUAGGAGAUAUAUACAAUAUGGUGAAGGUAUGUUUGAUCAGGAAGGAAAUAACAGUUGUGGCAGUUUAUACAAGAAUAUCGAGAGCCCUUGGAUAAGGAAAAUAGUCCAGAUACUUACCUGGCAUGGUUGGGGGUGCUUUAUCACAGACCUUUUCUAUGGAUAA